AUGGGCCUGUAUAUAUACCUCUCCGAGCAGCAGCUUUGCGCUCAGCUUGCCGGAUCUCUCGGUCCUGAUCACCCCUCGCUCCUCGGCCGAUUGCGCGCCUCCUCAUACGGUUCACAAGGCCCACAGGGGUGCUGUACCCGCUUCCUCAUCAUUGCCUCCCUCACCAUCCUCUCCCUCUCCCGCGACCGCCUGCUCCGCCUGUCGCAGGACCACGAUUCGGUACUCGAGUAUCUGCAGAAUCUCCCGCAGGAUAGUUUGAUGUUGCCGGAGAACUUUAUGAAGGCGUGUGAGGGGGUGAGGUAUGAGGAGAAGGAGUAUAGGAGGACGAGGGCGGCGGUGGAGAAGGAGUUGAUGCGUUGA